UAAAUAUUGCUCGAACAUUAUAAAUAUUUGUAAAUCUCACCUUGAUAGAUCAAGUUCCUUAUUAUCUUUUAUGUUUAAACAGCAACCAGGAACAAGGCAACUUUUAGAAUGGCUAUGUCGAACACCUUCAACCACGACUUACCGAAUUAAUCUUCUAUCAUCUUCAAUAUCCGAUUUCACUGCCAAACUUCAGCAAACCUUAUCCACAAAAUAUCAGAAUAUUCCUAAAGUGUUCCACAUUAAUGGGAUUCCUGAAGUAAUAUGCAUACCUAAAGUCGAUGGAGUUUCAACAUCACCUUUAAAGGACCUCAAAGAAAUAAUGGUUGAUAGUAGUUGUGGAGCUGCUAUUCUGCGAGGUGCUCACAUAUUUGCCCCUGGAGUUUUAUCAAUGCAAAGUGGAACGAAACUUGGAGAAAAAGUUAAUGUAUUCGUUGAUUUAGAGGGAAAAUGUAAGAAAGGCACAAACACAUUUUAUGAAUCAGAACAGAAAGUCUUUGUUGGGAUUGGAGAAGUCAAAAUGCAACGCUAUCAGUUGUAUGGAGAAAAUGUAGCCAACCAUGGUAUUGCAAUUGAAAUGGAUUCAAAUAUAUCAGGUGUACCAUCUAUUGGUGAUCUAUCGUCCAAUGAUGCUCUUUUACAAAAUUUUCCUUCAAUAGUUUGUGUAAGAGUUUUAGAUCCACAACCAGGUGAAAUAGUUUUGGAUAUGUGUGCAGCUCCUGGAAAUAAAACAACACACAUUGUGGAACUGAUGCGCGAUAAUGGAACUGUGAUAGCUUUGGAUAAGACUGAAAAUAAAGCUGAUUUAAUACGUCGCAAACUAAAGGCUAAUAAUUUUAAAUCACUCAAAGUUUUUGCAUUUGACUCAACAAAAUUAUUAAAUGACAAUAAUGAGGGGUCUGAAGUUGAUACUCCACCUUUCGGACCAUGUUCAUUUGAUAGAAUUCUCUUAGAUGCACCGUGCAGUGCUAUUGGAAAUAGACCGUUAUUGUCUAGUAACAUAACACCAAAAAUGUUAAAAUCCUAUCCUAAAGUACAAAAGAAGCUUUUGAGAAAUGCCGUUGGCUUACUUAAGAUAAAUGGAGUGCUGGUUUAUAGUACAUGUUCUGUGACAGAGGAAGAAAAUGAAGGUAUGGUGCAAUGGGUCUUAGAGCAGUUUCCUGAGAUGAAGUUAGUUGAAGCAAUGCCUUAUUUUGGUGGUCCUGGAAUUGGGGAAUGUGGAUUAGCUGAAGAUCAGAGACAAUUUGUGCAACGGUUUGGUCCUACUGAAUAUAAUAGACACUCCUCAGUGGACAGUAUUGGAUUUUUUAUAUCAAAAUUUGUUAAGAUUUCCUGAAUAAAAUCAUUAAAAUGUUACAUUAUGAAAAAAUUAUAUUGAGACCAUUAAAAAGUUAUAAAAUUCCAAACUCAA